AUGGAGCUGAAAAAGUCAGCACUACAAAACAAGAUGUGUUGGCAAGUCAUUCCAACCAUGUUUGUGCUGAUGGACUUCCUUCAGAUGGCAGCUGCCCAUUGCAUGGUCCAUCCAGUUCCUCCCAGGAAUUUCACACUGCCCUGUGUGCUGCUGAAUGAGACCUUUUUGAGCCCUUUCUCAGCUGGGAGCUGGUCUGGUUUGAGGAGAGAACUUGGAGCACCCAAAUUUAAACCUUUAAUGAAUGAAGAAAAUUUUCUGUGCUGCCUUUGGAGUGCCAGCAACAUUGAUUGUUCUUUGUACAGAGCAAGCAUGCAGGCAAGGAAGUUUAUUCCUUCAGAAAUAAAUCUCUCUGCUCCUCAGAAAAUAGACUGGAGCUGGAACAUAGAAUGUUGGAUUAGAGGCAGGCUGGACCUGUUGGUUUGUAACCUGCAGCUUUUGAAGCUGGACCUGAGAGCUGACCUGAAGGUGAAUCUUUUAUACUCUGGGUCAGAGCUGUCCCUGGGGGCUGCAUCCACGAGCUCUCUGCAGGGCUCAGUGAGGGUGGCUCCGUGUGACUGCAGGGACCAGGCCACCUGCCAGUGCCUGGUGGCCACCCCGAGCCUCAACCACACCUACCUGCUGUGGCUGGAGAUGGUGGCAGCUGGCACAGCCCUGGGGACACCGCUGAUGGCCCUGCAGCCCACGGACAUUGUGAAGCCUGAGGCCCCGGUGAAGCUGCACCUGGAGCUGGCUGAGAGGGGCCAGGUGAAGCUCUGCUGGUCCAGCCCUGCCCCGCUGCCCUUCCCUCUGCAGCACCAAGUGAGGAUCUCUGCUCCUCCGGGACACGGGGACAGCCAGAUGCUUCAGGUUGCCCUGGAAAGCUCUGUGGCCGUGGACAAUGCCCUGCUGGACUCUCCGUCCUCAGUGCAAGUGAGGAGCAGGAAUCUCCGUGGUCCAGGCUUCUGGAGUGACUGGAGCACACCCUACAACCUCACUUUGGGAGCUCCAGUGCUGUACUUCCCCGCCCGGAGCCUGAGCCGCGCUGGCUCCAGCCCGUCCUUCCUGUGCCUCUUCAGGAACGUGUCGCGGGCGGUGGCGGCCCGGGAGCUGGUGUGGUGGCUGAACCUGGCCGAGCCCGUGCCCGCCAGCCAGUACUCCGUGCUGGGCAGCCGUGUCAGCAGGGUGACCCUGCCCAACGUGAGAGCCACCCGGCCCAGGGGGAGCUUCCUCUACAGCGCCCUGUACUGCUGCCACCGCGGCGGGCAGUGCCACCACGGCUACGCCGAGUUCUACGUAGUAGACAUGGAUUUUAAUAUCUCCUGUGAGACUGAUGGAUACCUGACUAAAAUGACUUGCAGGUGGUCUGCAAACCCAACCACCUUGCUCCUGGGGACUCUGCAGUUAAGAUAUCACAGGAGCCAGAUUUACUGCUCUGACUUUCCAAGGCCGUCUCCAGACUCAGAGGUGAAAGAAUGCCUUUUGCAGAGGAACCAUUCCUACGAGUGCACAUUCCAGCCCAUUUUCCUCUUGUCUGGAUAUACCCUGUGGAUAGAGUUUAAACACUUCCUGGGAACCCUGGAAUCCUCCCCAGUUUGUGUCAUCCCAGCAGAUGUGGUGAAGCCUCUGCCCCCUUCCAAUGUGGGAGCUGAACUCACCAGGAACGCGGGGCUGCUGAACGUGAGCUGGACCCCGCCUGUCUUUGCCAGCAGGGAUCUGACAUUCCAGAUCCGCUGGAAUUCAGGGAGCAGGGAGGAGAGUCCAUGGCAGCUCUAUGAAGUCCCACAGCCCGCAGGCAGCUGGGCUGUGAUCCAGGUGGAGCAGCUUUGUGUGGAGUACGUGGUGCAGGUGCGCUGCAGGGAGCUGGAAGGAUCCGGGUACUGGAGCGACUGGAGCACAGCAGCCCAAACCCUCCUUCAGGACAUCAGAGCUCCCUUGCGAGGCCCGGAAUUUUGGAGGAUCGUUUCUGAGGAUCCAGCAAGGAAGCAGAGGAAUGUUACACUCCUGUGGAAGCCCCUGAUGCAGAGUGACUCGUUGUGCAGCGUGAGCAGAUACAUCAUAAAGCACCAGACCCCAGGGAACACCUCCUGGGAGGAGUUUGUGGAUCAUGGCACCAGCUGGACUUUCCCAUGGAUGGAGCCAACCCACACCAUCACCAUCUUAGCCAUGAACUCAGUUGGAAUUUCUGCAAUUAAUUCCGACUUAACUCUAUCCCAGCAAAUGAGCACAGUGGAUGCUGUGCAAUCCCUGAGUGCUUACCUGGUGAACAGCACCUGUGUGGUUCUGGUUUGGAGUCUCUCCCCCCAAAUCCCUGGGAUAAAAUCCUUUGUGAUUGAGUGGAGGAACCUGAACAAAGAGGAGCAGGUGAAAUGGCUGCGAGUUCCUCCAAAUCUCAGGAAAUAUUUCAUUUAUGAUCACUUUAUCCUGAUUGAGAAGUACCAGUUCAGCCUCUACCCUGUGUUUGCUGGAGGAGUUGGCAAAGCCAGAGCCACGGAUCAGUUUGCCAAAGGGGGAUUUGAACCUGGGAAUACUGGCAGCCUCCACGUGGUUCUUCCCAUUGUUUUCUCCACCUCAGUUCUGCUGCUGGGAGCGUUGCUGGUUUCACACCAAAGGAUGAAGAAGCUGCUCUGGGAGGAUGUUCCCAAUCCCAAGAACUGCUCAUGGGCACAAGGAGUUAAUUUCCAGCAGCCUGAGACUCUGGAGCAUCUCUUUGCCAAGCACCCCGAGCCAAUGUCAUGUGAGCCCCUUCUCCUGGAGGCAGAGAUGGUGCUGGAAGACAUCAGCAUCACCAAAACCUCGGGAAAAGAAGAGCCAGGGGAUUUUUUAGGAAUCGACUCCACGUUUCCAAGCCCCCAGGACUCGGAAUGUGACUCGGCGUGCUCCAGCAGCCACUUCCAGAGCAGCAGCUUCUGCAGGAGCUGCCAGGAUGGAGAAGGCACGGCUCAGGGUGACCUCAGAUACGCCGCUGUCAUCAGCAGCUGCCCCUCCAGCGGGCUGUGCCGACGGAAAAGCAGCCCGAGGAGCUCUUUGGAUAGCUGCUUCCCAGGGGAGCAUUCCAUCGUUCUGGGGGCCUUCUCCAGUGGUGCUUGGGAGGUUGGGAGUGGGGCAGUGCUGGUGCUCCCUGGCUCCCAGCCCAGCAGGGCUCUGUCCCUGGUGUCCUCGGAGGGGUUCUCGGAGCCUCUGGACGAGGCUUUCCCAGGCAGCGCCGAGCGGAGCCUGUGUUACCUCGGGAUAACAGCCCUGGACAAAGGACACAGGGACAUUCUCCUGGCAGACAGCUCCAGGGGCACGUGGCAGCCCCAGAGCACGGAUCUGCUCACGGAGGGGGAGGUUCUCCAGCACAUCCCAAGCAGUGUCAAGGAGUUUAUCCCAAGCAGCCUCAAGCCUAAAGGCGCCGUUCCCUAUGUUCCGCAGUUCCGGAUGGCUACAGCCAAAGGGCAGGAGAAAAAGUGACAGAAUCACCCCAAAAUUCAAUAUUCUUGAAGUUUUUCCAGGUGUUGAUGCAUUCUCCCAUUUCCCCUCUCUUUAUUUACCCAGCUUGUUCUGGUUUUAGGCUUCACCUGGAGCCCCCAAGGGUGACAGAGCUGAUCCGUGGC